AUGGGACUCUCACAUGAUUAUGAUAUGUUGCCUAAUGAGAUAAGUACAAGAAACAUAAACGAAUCAUUGAUCAUAAAAUCGCCUUCGACGCAAUCUGAAAAAUUGAGGGUAGAACUACAUAAGCAAAUAGAAAAUAAACUAAACGACCGGCAACGUCUGUCGGUGGAACGGGCUCAGGCAAGCGCACGUGCAGGCUGCGGUGAGGGAGGAGUAAGGCCAAAAGUGAAUCAUGAGGCGAACACUCGAACCGGUCCGGCGGUGACGUUACACUCAUCGAGCACGAAUCUACAGCUAGCGGAGCAGCUGACCACUACUGAUAAGGCAGGCGAUAGUUGCGCGUUAGAAACGUGUGAACCGGAGCGCUCGCAAAAUAUUAACAGCGAAGACUGGCAAAAAGUGGUAUACCGUAAAAAACAAAACAAAUAUCGUUACAUAGGAAAGCCGGGCAUAGCAAGAGACCUAGAAUGCACCUUCAGAGCUGCCGAUAGGAAAAUUCGUAUGUUCAUUACGAAUGUGCAUGUCUCUGCAACAGAAGAAGACAUAACUAACCAUAUUUAUAAUAAGACAAAGGAAAUAGUGAAUCUAGAGAAAAUAAAUAUGAAAGUGGAAAGAGGACAUAAAACAUAUAAAUUUUUAAUAUCUGAGGCUAAUUUAUCGAGAAACAAGGACGAAACGCUAUGGCCCGAAGGUGUCAUAUUCCGACGUUUUGUAAACUUUAAGUACAGGAAAACGAACGUUGCAGGUUCUACCAGCGUAAACGGUCAAAACAACCCAAUAAUGGCGUUGAAGACUAUACCGGGUAUUGUAAGAAAAGUCUGUAUAAAAAGUUACGAUAAGAACAAGUUCAACGUUUGCUCCGGUAAAGAGGCUUUUUUGAAAUAUGACGCGGUGUUAAGGUCGUCGAUCCCAUAG